AUGGGUGAGGCGCGCGAAGUUCACGCGGAAGACGGUUCACUAUACAGAACAGUAUGUAGAUCAAGACACAGUGUGGAUUGGCAUACACCAAACAGGAUGAAUCACAAAUCAGGGGCUACAAAGAGCAUAAAACCACGAAGACCGAGGGCGACCAUGCGCGAGCGACAGCGAAUGGCUCAGGUGAAUCAGGCUUUUGACGGUCUACGAAAAGUGGUUCCACGUGGACAUAUGACGGAGUACCAGCGGCUGAGCAAGAUUGCCACGCUUCGGUUGGCAAUACAGUACAUACGCGCAAUGAACCGGAUCUUGGGAAGGACUGUUUACGUAAGCAUGGAACCCACGCUGAACGUGCCACUCGAGGAAUCUAUGUGGGAAAGAACAACAGAAAAACCUACAGACAAUAAAAGCAACGGACGCAGGGAACAAGCAGGAAGAGCUGGAGGCGAGGUUGUCACAAGGACAAGUUCACAAUCCGACUGUGGCGAUAUUCACUCAGCUGAAAACAAGGUGCUGUUCUUGUUCGGAUGUUCUCCGCAACUGGGUUGGCUUGGGCCACAGACAGAAUCACCAAGACGCGAUAUUGGAUUGCUCCCAGCUGAUGAUGAUGGAAAACUAAUGCGAGAUGGAUGCUACAUCCCAAACAGUAAUAGAAAUUGCAACCAACCGAGUACAACGAGUCAAACUGAAAAGGAGCAGUAUGCUGUGACCGAGUACCGAUGGGAAAAUAAAGGUAAUCAAGUAGGAAACUAUUUCCUCAGUGAGCGUGGUUGGCAAAGUCGCGAUCAUCAGACGGCGAGAAAAACAGCCUAUUAUGGAUGGCAUGGGGACGCAACUGAACAAGAACAUUUUGGGAAUGCAGUAUCAGAUGGGUGGUUGGCGUGCGAAGGCACAUGGCGACCAUAA